UAGACGUCUCUCUCUCUCUCUCUCUCUCUUUCUCUCUCUCUCUCUCCCCUAAUUGAUUGUACUGUGAUACUGUUAAUCUUCCUUUAUUUCUCAUUUUGCUGUACCAAUCAAUCGCCUUUUUUCUCCAUUCUGUGCGCCAGAUUUCGUGGAGUGGUUUAUAUUUGGUAAGUAAACCCCGGUGCUCAUCUUCUGAAUUGAUGGCUUGAUUUCCCUGAAGAAUGUUUGGAUCUCUUUUUGUAUUUCAAGUUUUUAAAAGUUCAAAGCUAGUGGAAAUUGAAAAGUCUCCAUCUAACGGUCGAUUUAUUGCUUGAGGAGUUAUGGCGCAUUGCAAUUUGUAUGUGUGUGUGGGUGUAAUUUUCGUUUUAUGGAUUUUCUCCGUUUUAAAUUAAGUGGAAUGCAACUGGGGGAAGGUGAGGGUUGAUUUGUUGGAGAGCUCUGACUGAUUCAAGAAACAGAAAGUAUCUCCCUCUUCUUCUUUAUUCCACCUUUUUCCACUUUAAUUUUUUAUUUUAUCGGAAAAGGAAUUAAGAAAUUUGAUUGAUAUCUGAUUAUUACAUUGUUCUUCUCGUAUGCAGUUUAUUUUGAAUUUGGGUAAAAUUCAUGUUUCUAUUUGUUUUUGAAACUUCGAUGUUGGUGGAGGUGACUGUGUGUGAAGAUGGGGAAUUGUCGUUGAGGGUAGAUUGGUCUUUGAAGAGCCAUAUUGACUUAUGAAUAUUUUUGUAAUAAUGGAUCGGAAACACAUUGAUUAGUGCUUUUUUUUAUUGCAUGGGAGCCUCAUGAUUCCUGCUAACGGUGAAGGUGGUGUCUGAAAUCAUUACUCAGCUUUGCUGAAACCUAAAAUAUUUUAUAUACUUAAAUUAAUAGUCGAGUACAAUUUUGUGCAGUGGACUUGUUUGAAUAUUAUUUCUGUAGUUGGAACGUCAGAUGUUCUGAAUCCAAGGGUUGUUUAUUCAAGAAACGUGUAUGCCUCUUUUUUAAACCUCUUUCUUUUGAUCUGGUAUAAACCUUUUAUGUAUUACCCCCUCUCUCUGUUAUAUAUGUAUUGGUUUUUCAAAAGGAUAGUCGUAGUCUCGUAGACACUUCAGUUCCUCUGAUAUUGCUGGUUGAGCUCUUAUGUACCAGACAGGGUUAUCGCCAAGUUCAAUGAUAACUGAUAAGUACUAAUUGUUGGAGAUAAAAGUAACAGAGAUGAAGAAGCUAUUCUUUUUCAGAUCAAGUUCAUCAAACAAUGUCUCCCCACCAUCAACAGAUAAGCAAGUUUACUGGGAGAAACCAACUGAGAGAGUUGAUAAGUCUGUUAAAAAUAAGCAUGCCUCAGAAGAUCAGGUAUUCGGCAGCACACCCAUUCUAAGAAGAAGCCUCUCAUUUUCAUCUGGGUCUCUUUAUGACACCGGAAAAGGGCUAAGGAACAACAGUGAGCAAACUGGUUCUCCACAUAGUUCUGGUCAUCAUCCAAAUAAGCAAUCGGGACAUCGUUCAUCCAGAUGUCGUACUCUUACUCCAGAGAGGCAAACCAGAGCAAAUUUUGUUGAUACAGUUAUGCUUCGGAAUGCACAGAGCAUGGAGCAAUAUGGCUGUACUGUUUCUGGAGCGCACUCUGAUUUGUCAGAUAUCUCUUCUUAUUGCUCUAGUAAUGUCUCAAGUAAGGUUUUGGAUCGCUACAUUGAUGGGGAACAGAUAGAAAGGUAUGAAACCAAAAGUGAUUUCUCCACGAGAAACCAAUUUGAAAAUGGAAAUGUGGUAAAGAAGCCGCCAAAGUUUUCUGCACCUGUUGCACAUGAUGCUAGGAAGCAAAAACCUAAGUCUCGAUCCUUCAGAGAAAUCAAGACAUCACAAGUUCAGCUUUCCUCAAAAGAUGGGUGUGAUACUGGAUAUUGCAAUGAAUCACCACGGAAGCUAGCCAAACAUGUGGUUGAGAGACUUUCCCAGUCUCAGUUUCAACCUAAGAUGAGGUCAAAAGAAUUUGACUCUGAGAAUCCAAUCACCAUUGAAGAUGUCUAUGGAAGGAACUUGAAUCGAUAUGCCAAUGCAUAUCCUGAUGAAGAUUCUCCGAAAAAUUGUACAAUGGAUUGGCACGCUGAGAUUAGUGAUGGUUCUCGCCAUGAUGAAAGUUCUGAAUACUUGGAAAAGCAGUCUUUUUCUGGUGAUAAAGACAUGCCUGGAGAAAAUCUUGAUGGUGUAAUAGAUAAUGAUGUUGCACUAUUUCAAAAAUUCAAGGAAGCUGAGGACCGUGCCAUAACUCUCUCAGAAGAGCUUCAAAAGGGAAACUUUUUUCAGUUAAAAGGACUUGGCGUGCCAACAUUGAUCCAAACAAUUAGGAGCCUAGCAGAGGAAAAGGUAAAUCUGGCUGUAGAGGUUUCAGCAGCUUUUGAGGAUAGGAUUGCUGAGAGGGCCUUGUUUAGAGAAAAACUUAAACUUGGAAGAACAGACCUAGAAGCACAGUCCCGCAGAUUGGAGAAGGAAAAGAAUGAGAUGCAGAUAGCACUUGAAAAGGAGUUAGACAGGAGAUCAACCGAGUGGUCACUCAAGCUCGAGAAAUUACAGGCAGAAGAACAUAGGCUUCGUGAAAGGGUACGUGAACUAGCAGAGCAGAAUGUUUCCCUCCAAAGAGAAGUCUCUUCCUCUGGUGAAAGGGAAAUGGAAACUAGAACCAAAACUACAAACUCUGAGAAACAACUUACUGAAUUAUCUACUCAAGUCAAGGAAGCUAGGGAGGAGAACCAUUAUUUACAGAAAACACUAUCUGAAUUGCAAGACAAAGCUAGGGCAGUAGAAGAAGAAAGUGAUUGCAUCCGAAGGAAGUACGAGGAGAAGGUUCGUGAGUCUAAGGAUAUGCACCAAGCUGUCAGUAGGCUCCAAAGAACCUGCAAUGAUCAAGAGAGGACAAUUGAGGGACUACGAGGUCUAUGUGAAGAACUUGGUAAGAAAAUUUCUAACGAUAAUUUUGACUUUGGGAUUGCAAAGCUGCAAAUCGAACAUGUGAGGCUGACAGGAGUGGAACAUGCACUUAGGAAGGAGGUGGAAUCAUAUAGGGUUGAUGUUGAUUCACUUAGGCGUGAGAACAUUGAUCUGCUCAAUCGUCUGAAAAAUAAUGGGAAGGAAGGUGGAUUUUCAACUUUUAAGUUGGAUCGGGAACUACAGAAUCGUAUUUGCUGCUUGCAAAAUCAAAUGCUCUCACUGCUUACUGAGACCAGCCAACUUGGCAGGAAGUUAAUUGAAUAUGUUAAAACCAAUGGUGGCUUCCCAUUGAACAAAGGGCCAGGUUCUACCACAUGUUUAGAUGGCCAUGUUCUUGUUGAAUAUGAAGUGAAGCUCCAAGGUCUAGAGAGGGCAGCUGAGAACUUAGCAACUAGUACGAAGACCAUGUCCAGUGUCCUUCAAGAGAAAUCCACUUUGAUGCAUGAGAAUUGCCAACCAGUUGGUGUCAAUGUUCAAACACCUGUCUCGAGUGUUGAAUCGCAGAAACCAGAGGAUAUAAUCAGAUCAGAGUUGAAAUCAGAGACCCUGUUGACCAGUUUGUUACGCGAGAAGCUUUAUUCCAGGGAGCUUGAUGUGGAACAGUUGCAAGCUGAGCUUGCUGCAGCUAUUAGAGGCAAUGAUGUUCUCAAAAGUGAGGUCCAAAAUGCAGUGGAUAAUUUCUCUUGCGUAAACCACAAGAUGAAAGAAGUUGAACUUCAGAUGAUAAAAAAGGACGAGACCGUCAAUCAGCUCCACGGGGAUCUGCAAGACUGCAAAAAGGAGCUGGCCAUACUGAGGGGAAUACUACCAAAGGUAUCCGAAGAGAGGGAUAUGAUGUGGGAGGAGGUAAAGCGGCACACUGAGAGUAACAUGCUGCUGAAUUCUGAGGUUAACGCGCUGAGAAAGAGAAUAGAGGCCCUCGAUGAAGACAUACUAGUGAAAGAAGGCCAAAUCUCCAUUUUGAAAGAUAGCCUCGGCAAGCCUUUCGACCUUCUUGCGACUCCUGAUCCGACCACCGAAUUCUGCUGGACGGAUGCACGUUGAUUUUGGUGGUGAUUGGCAUAGUUUUGUUUUUCUGUGGUCUUGUGAUUAUCCAAAGCUCAUCUCAAGCAAUUGUGAAGUAGAGAGGGGUAGAGGUUUAUAGCCAACUUUACACUGCAUAGUUUUUAUAAGUUUUUGUGUGAUUGCUGAGCAAUCUUUGACAAUCAUAUUCUGUCAAAGCUACAUUCAAAUUGAUAGAAUAAGAAAAUUUGAAUUUUU